UUAUAAAUCAUCUUUUUGUGCAAAAAGUGCACCAGUAGCAGCUUCUAGAGAUGUUGGUAUACAUUCUAAGAAGCCCUGCAGGGAAUUAAUUCCUGUUACGUAUCAGCCUGAGGGUGAGUGAAUCAUAUCCACUCUAUUUUUAAAUCUAUAACAAAUACGAGACAGAGGAUAUUAAUAACACAGGAUGUUAAGAGUUGGCUAUUAUGGGAGCUGGGGACAUCUAACACAUACAUUCUCCCAUAUAGAUAAAGCUUAAGUCAACUUGAAUUAUGGUAACUGGAUUUUGUUUGCUGGAAAUAUCUUCCUGUUUUUGCUUUUACUGAAGCACAGAAAGCAGCUCCUUCUUUCACUUUCUUUUUUCUUUCCAGGGGAGGGCCAGAUCUUGCAGAAGGAGGAUGUGCUCUGUGUCCCUUCUCUAACCGCUCUUACCAGAACUGUUUUGCUUUCUCCUCUCUUGUCAACAAGGAAAAGUGCAGCAAAAAACCCAUAUGAAAGGAAAGGGUGUGUCCUGGCUAAACUCAGGAGGCUCAACUACCUGUAGAGUAGUGAUUUCUUUGAUUACAAAACCCAGCUGGCCUUGUACUGCCUGAGAACCACUUUGCUUUAGGAUCUCCUGGAAAUCAGAUAAUACCAUGGACAAGAACUACGGAUGUCUGACAGACGAUGAUUUUUUUGCCCGACUGAAGCAAUAUGGCCUCCCACAUGGACCCAUAGUUGGAACAACUCGGAAACUGUAUGAAAAGAAACUAUAUGAAUAUGAGAGAAGACUGGGACAACAGCAGCCUCUAUCAGGAAGUCCAACAAUCUGCACAAGUAGCAUUGUGGACAAGUCCAAACUACAGAUGACAAAUGAUGAAAUCUUUGCCCUUUUGAAGAAAUAUGGACUGAAACAUGGACCUGUUGUUGCAUCGACCCGGAAACUCUAUGAGAAGAAAAUCCAAGAAUAUGAGAACAAGCUGAAGCAGCAGGGCUUUGGAGUAGGUGCCCCAACAGCUAGGCUCUGUCAAAGAAAUAGCUCUGUCAAAGACAUAUAUCCCAUGUCUACACAUAUUUCUACUUACACAUAUUCAAGUCCCAUCGAAACCAUCACCUCAGAGGCCUACAGGAAUUCUGGAACUACAGAAAACCACAGCUCACAGCAAACAGAAGCAUGGACAGAAGAACACAACAGAAGCUUCUCUGUCCUAACUCCACAGAUCUUUCCAAAUCGCCCCAUUGUCAAGGAGAUGCCAGUGAAAAGCUCGGACAUUUCAGGUGUUCAAAGGAAAGCAUCAGAACCUGGUAGCAUUGUGGACAAGUCCAAACUACAGAUGACAAAUGAUGAGAUCUUUGCCCUUUUGAAGAAAUAUGGACUGAAACAUGGACCUGUUGUUGCAUCAACCAGGAAACUCUAUGAGAAGAAAAUCCAAGAAUAUGAGAACAAGCUGAAGCAGCAGGGCUUUGCAGUAGGUGCCCCAACAGUUGAGCCAAGUGAGAAGAAAAUGGCAAAAUCCAGAAGAAAUAGCUCUGUAAUCUGA